UAAUAUUAUAGAAAUGGGGGGAAAAGUGAUGUUAUUGUUGUUGGUAGUGAUGAUAGUUUGUGGAGGAUGUGAAUGCAAAGGAGGUAAGGUGUACAAGGUUGGAGGGUCUUCUGGUUGGACAAAUAUUGGUCCUCUUCCUUACAAAUCUUGGCCUUCUUCUAUUGCUUUUCAUGUCGGUGACACUCUAUGUAAGAAGACUACAUCUCUCUCUCUCUCUCUCUCCACCUUAUAUUUUAGUCAAAAAUACUACUAUGUUUUAUUUUAUUCCUCCAUUACUUCAAUUACAAGGUUUUUUUUUAAAUGUUUUUAUAAUGUGUAUAGUAAUCACUUGCCACCCACUAUAUUAAUCACCCGGAUUUUUUUUUUUGUUUUUUGUUGUUGUGGUGCAGUGUUCGAGUACAAGAAAGAAUUCCACAACGUGGUACGAGUGACACACACAAACUUCAACAACUGCAAUUCCACGAACCCUUACCACACUUGGUCCACCGGUAACGAUUCGUUCACAAUCCCAAGGCACGGCCACUUUUACUUUAUCUGUGGGGUACCGGGUCACUGCCAAUCGGGUCAAAAGAUUGACAUCCGGGUCCCGAUAUCCGUACCCGCCCCAUCUCCACAAAGCCCAUCACUACCCGGCCCAACUUCAGUAUCGGUUGCACCCGCUCCAUCUCCAAAAAGUGGAUCUUCUUCUCUCCAUUUGUCUUGGAAGCUUUGGGUGUUAGUAGUAGCUGUUGGCCUUCCGCAGUUUCUAUCUUAA